CCUACUCCCCUCUUCCCAAUUUUCCAUACCUAAUACGUAGCGUUUGGUUAUAGCUUUAGCUCCGCCCGCCGCCGCCGCCGCCUGCGCGAAGUUGAGUUCAAAACCGAACCACAAACAGACUGGGAUUGCAUUUGCAAUAGGCAGGAGAGGAGAGGAGUAGAGAUCUGAAGGGGGGGGGGAAACGGAAGUGAUUUUCUCGGCCAGAUCCGUGGGAGGAAGGGUAUCUUCGUGUACUCGUCUAUGGGGAUGUUGGCGCUGAACGGGCUCAUGUCCCUGCGGCGCGACCGCCGGCGGCGGCGGCGGCAUCACCGGCCGCAAAUCCGAGCGCGCUCAGGUGGGCUUAUUGCCUCAACGGGUAAAAGAAAGACAUCACCCUGUCAACAAGAUGACUAUGAUGGUGAUUCUCAAGCUGGCAAAAUAAUGAGAAAUUCAAUCCCAGACCUUCCUGAGGACAUAUUGUUUCGUAUACAGUCCUUUAUGUCAAUGCGUGAAGCUGCUCGUGCUGCUUGCGUAUCUCGUGCUUUUCUACAUUCCUGGAGGUGUCAUCCCAAUCUUAUCUUUAAUAAAGAUACGAUUGUCUUGAAGAGAAAUGCGUUUGGAGAGAAUUUCCACGGAAAAAUUGGGCGCAUUCUCAGGAACCACUCAGGCAUUAGCUUGAAAACGUUCCAGCUUGACUACAGUGGUAUGUGUGGGUUCGAUGGCACUAGUUAUCUUGACAGUUGGCUUCAGAUUGCUCUUAAACCAGAGAUUGAAGAACUCACCCUUUUUUUGCCUGAAACAAACAAACAAUACAGCUUCCCAUGCUCACUUUUAUCUGAUGGGGUCCGAGACUCACUUCGGUACAUUAAACUUCGAUGUUGUGCCCUCCAUCCCACACCUGAACUUGGCCCCUUGAGAAACCUAUCAAAUCUGCAUCUGUUGUAUGUGAGCAUUACAUGGGCUGAGUUAGAGUGCCUUCUUUCCAACUCUCUUGCUCUGGAGCAUUUAGAGCUCAAUCAUUGCAAGGGGAUAAUUUGCCUGAAGAUACCUUGCACCCUGCAGCAGCUCAGCAGCCUUAAUGUCGUUGAAUGCUCAGGCUUGAAAGUGAUAGAGAGCAAAGCUCCAAAUCUCUCUAGUCUAUUUGUUAGAGGAUCCAGGGUAAACUUCUCCCUUGUAGAAACAUUGCAAAUAAAUAAGCUAGACAUGGGACAUGCAAUCUGUGAUGCUCGGGCCAAGCUGCCAUCCAUUAUGCCAAAUCUUGAAACUCUUGUCAUUGAAUCGGGGCAUGAGGUGGUUGAUGCACCAAUGCUGCCUACCAAAUUCCUCUACCUUAAGCACCUGACCAUUCAUGUGAUAACAGGAUCGACCAUUUCCCAGCCAUAUGACUAUUUCUCUCUGGUUUCUUUUAUUGAUGCGUCUCCGUCCUUGGAGACUUUGAUAUUAAAUGUGACUCAGGUACGUAUGGUGCAUGAAUCGAUUUUCACGGAUUCACAACUGAGACACAUCCCUGGACACCGCCAUGGCCACCUCAAGAGUGUGAAGAUCACUGGUUUCAGCUCUGCGAAGAGCUUGGUGGAACUGACAUGUUAUAUCCUCAAUAAUGCGGUGUCACUUGAGUGUCUUACAUUGGAUACCAUUUAUGGUCCUAGGUGUGAUCAAGAUAAGUAUAGGCGGUGUUUUCCCAUGAUAGAUGGUGUUCUCACGGAUGCUCCAAGAGGGCUUGCAGCUAUCAGAACAUACAUUGAGGAUAAAGUUCCAUCUACAGUUAAUUUGACUGUUCUGGAACCUUGCAGCCGGUGCCAUGUUAGAAGAAGAGGGUGAACAUCAUCUCAAUCGUGCAAUGCCGAUUCCAUUCAAUUUUAGAUGAACCAAUAUUUGUUUCCUGAACUAUUUAUGGCUGUGGCCCAAUGUGCAAUAGUUUAAUUAUCUUAGAUGGACAAUGGACCAAGCUUUAUCUCUGUAUUAUCAGACCUGUUUAAUGUUUAUUUUUUGCUGUACAUGUAUAAGCUGAAGAUUUAUAUGUUUUUGUCCAAAGGUUGAAAUUUUCAGGUGCA